AUGGAACAAACGAAAGCUAGUUCUCCCAAACUUUUUGUGUGCACAGCUAUAGAAAAUAAAGAUGAAAUCGAAGAGAGGUACGAGCGAGCUUAUGUCUAUUUUCAAUCUCUCGUCGCAGAUUGUAGUGAGAAAGAAGCGCAUGACGCUCUUAACAAUGCAGUAUGUAAAAAUCAUGAAGAAGUAUCUCUUGGAAUGCUCAUGUCAAUCCUUACAGAACCCCAUAAUUCAACGAAAUGCUAUAGAGACUUAACGCUCAUAUCAAGAGAUGGACUGACGUGUGUGCUAAAUAAUCUUUCCAAUUUGAUUCUUGAGCGGUACUUAAAAUUUCAAGAAACAACUCGAAAUCAACUGGUGUGGCUUAUUAAAGAAAUGAUAAGAAACGCUGUUAAUGGAGUAGAUAGUGUUUGUUGGAAUUUAAUGCGUUAUGCUUCUGGUGGAGAUAUAACUCCUAAAAAUAUUUUCUUAGUGGAGUCUUUAUUGGACGUUUAUAUUGACAGUAAAUCAUGGCUUGAUAAAUUUCCAGUAUUAAUAUGUAUGGUGGUAUAUACAUAUCUGAGGUUAAUAGAAGAUCAUAAUGUCCCACAUUUAAUAGCUCUUAGACAGAAGGAAGUUAAUUUUGUUAUUGCACUAAUUAGGGAACAUUUUGAUGAAAUUUUAAGUUUGGGUAGGGACUUAGUACGUUUACUCCAGAAUGUGGCAAGAAUUCCAGAAUUUAAUCAACUAUGGCAAGACAUUCUAUUAAAUCCCAAAACUUUAUCACCAACAUUCACAAAUGUCCUACAAUUAUUACAAACGAGAACUUCAAGAAGAUACCUACAAUCAAGACUAACUCCAGAUAUGGAAAGAAAAUUAGUUUUCUUAACAUCACAAGUAAGGUUUGGUCAUCACAAAAAAUACCAGGAAUGGUUUCAAAGACAAUAUCUUGCCACUCCCGAAUCUCAAUCUUUACGAAGUGAUAUGAUUCGCUUCAUAGUAGGUGUUAUUCAUCCUACAAAUGAAUUACUGUGUUCUGACAUCAUUCCACGAUGGGCAGUCAUUGGUUGGCUUUUAACUACUUGCACAUCAAAUGUUGCUGCAUCCAAUGCCAAGUUAGCACUAUUCUAUGAUUGGCUUUUCUAUGAUCCUGAAAAAGAUAAUAUUAUGAAUAUAGAGCCUGCCAUUUUAGUAAUGCAUCAUUCUAUGAGAUCACACCCAGCUGUUACUGCAACAUUGCUUGACUUUUUAUGUAGAAUAAUUCCAAAUUUCUACCCAUCAUUUGCAGACAAAGUUAGACAGGGAAUAUUUAACUCUCUUCAGCAGAUCAUUGAAAAAAGAGUCCUCCCAAAUUUACAACCUCUAUUUGAUUCUCCGAAGCUUGAUCGUGAGUUACGUACAACUGUAAGAGAAACCUUUAAAGAGUUCUGCAGUAAUGGAGAAGGUGUUUCCGGAUUCAAAGAAGAAGGUAUGGAUGAUGUUACUAGGGGCCCUGAUGAACCUGCAUUUUCUGAUGAUGAAGAUGACCCUAUGCCUAUUAUAGCUGAAGACACAGAUGACGAUGACUUACCAUUAUCAGAAGUUCGUGCUAGGGAACGGCCAGAAUUAGCAGCAGCACUUCCAUCAGCUCUGCGACCAUUUGCAGAAACACUUUUGGAUGAGAGAACAGCUGCUGCAGCCACAGCACUUCUUAAUGCCUGUAAUCCUCCAAUGCCUACCCCUACAGCAUUGGCUGAUUUAUUUGCUGCUGUUUUGCAGGAUCUGCCACCACUCAAAAUAAGUUCAAAUCCCUCUUCAGCUGAACUGGAUUUAAAAUUAAGUUCACCAAUUUUUUCUAUGUUUGAUUUACUCCAAUCAGGUGCCAGCGAUUCAAAGAAACUAAUAUCAGAGACAUUCAAAGAAAUAUAUGCACAAAAUUCCAUUCCUAGUCUAGGUUAUUCACUACUUUUUUAUUUAAAAGUUUGCUACGAGAGAGAUCGGCGCGCGGAACGUGAUCCAGCCAAGAAAAGGAAUGUCAAAUUUAAAAUGGAUAUUUAUAAAAGUUAUUGUAGUAACUUAGAACUUAAACUUGUAGAAAGCUUAGCAGACGAUUUUGAAAAAUGCCAGGAAUGUGAUUCUAAUGUACUAAUAUGGUUAGUGCCAGAUGUAUAUAGAGAAUUUAAAGAACAGGUUCAAAAUCAUGUCAGAUUACUACACAUAAUAGUUUCCACAAUAGAUGCUGGACAACUUCAACGGCUAGUAUGCUUAACAUUGCAGGGCAAUUUAAUGAUGUUUAAAACUGACGAUUUCACCACCAUGCUUUCCACAAGCCUGAGUUGGGAGACUUUUGAACAGUACUGUUUGUGGCAACUUCUCACAGCUCACGAAAUAUCAGUCGAUGACGUUCUACCAAUCAUUCCAAAAUUGUCAUAUAAAGAGCAUGCAGAGGCACUGACCUCCGUAUUAUUGAUGCUUAAGCAGGAAAGACCAACACCGGAUGUUUUAAGACAAAUUUUCUGCCGAGAGAUCGACGACGGUGAUACAUUCGUCGUCUCAACGGUCAUGUAUUGGUGUCAAGACUAUGAAGACAAAGUGGCAGAUUUAUUAGCAGUCUUAUUAAGCACAAGAUAUCCAGGUACUAGUCCGAACAAAAGAAAACGUCCAGGAAAACAUACUAUUCCUCCGAAUGCACCACCCUCUGCUGAAUUAGUCUUAGGGCAUUUAGAGCAAAUUAGAGUAUGCUGCGUGGAGCAAGACGAUAUGUCAAUUUUCAACAUGGAAUGUAUGCAAAAGGCUCUACAGCAAUCACAAUCAAACAGUAGUGAAACUUUAAAGAGACAAUACAUGGACCUAUUUUCUUUAGCCUGGGAAGAUGAACUACCAAUGUUAAGAAGGGCGCGGAAGCUCGCUUCGAACUCAAUGCCACUAAAUGCGAAUUUACACUCAUCAAAUGAGGAUAGUGAGGAGGAAGAAAUUGUGAAGCCCAAACAAGCUAAACGUCGUAAAAAAGCAAUUUCAGAUAGCGAUUGA